UUCCGAUCCCAAACACCUUCUCGAGUACCUCACACCGUGAAACCAGCUGCUAAAGUAACACCCGCCAAUUCAUGAGAUGCUGUUGCAGUAAUAGAUCGUCAUGUUCGGUUUUAUUCAACUCCUGCAUUUACCUUGAACCUAUACUGUCUGCUGUAUUUAGCCGCCAUGCCCGUUUGCAGUAGCGAGUAGAACAUAACAGCCUUUACAAAUUAACCACUUUUUUCAGCUCAUCGCCACCAAUUGCUAGGCUGAUUUGUUGGCAGCUGCUGACGCUCUAAGUUCACUGUUGCAUUUGUUAAAAGGAUUAAAUAUCAAGAAAAUACCCACACAGAGCAUAACCGCCCGAAAAUGGGAGCUAAAGGUAGCGUUGAAGCUGCCAAAAUAAACGCCGAUGGCUGGGGCCACUUCGAGCGUGGCAGCAGCCGUCACUACAGCCACAGACACAACCAGCGAUCGCAGUCGCUGAACCGAGGCCAAGCACUUUCCCGAGCCGAUGUGACUGGGAUGUGGUGACAGCAAGGAACCUCAGGU